AUGGGCCUGAGUCACUCUAAGCCUCACCCAAGGGUGACCAAGGUAGUACCUUUGCAAAACAAAGAGGAAGAGACUCCCUUGGCUGGCCCUGUGGACUUUGCAUUCACUCAGAAUCUGGAAAAAAACAGUUUAUAUUCAUUUGCAAGACUGCAGGACCAGAAUAAAGCUUUAGAAGGGCAGUUGCCGCCUCUACGAGAGACCUGGUAUGGAAGAUAUUCUGAAGGGCCGAGGGCCAUGUAUUUUGAUUUCCCACUGGAACAGCAAGAAACAAGUAUCAUUAAAAGGCAUCCACCCCGAAGACUUCAAAAACUUGAACCCAUUGACCUGCCACAAGUAAUUACUUCUGAAAGGCUCCUGAACCAGCAAGACGCCAGGAGGACUCACAAAGCAAAGCAGGAACUGGAAAAGAAGAUGCAGACUCUAAUGUAUCCUUCUGGGAAAAGACAAUAUUUACAUAAGAUGCAAAUGCUGGAAAUGAACCGUAAAAGACAAGAGGCCCAAGUUGAACUGAAGAAAAGUCUUCACAAGGAGGCAAGAACUAGUAAGCAGAAACAGAGGGACCAUAAAGCCAAGAAAAUCCUUCAAAGCAUCCCAAGAAAUGAUGAUGGUGACUUUCUAACCUUGUUGCCUGAUGAAACCUUGAACAGAAGUCUAGGAAAUACACAGAAUGCAGAAUUUCUGGAACAUCAAGCAAGGAAUGACCACUGUCACAGGAAAAUUGGCAAAAUGGAAACAUGGCUCCGUGAACAGGAGGCCCGGGGAGAGCUUCUCUGGGACAGCUCCAGCUCUAACUCAGAUGAGUCAGGGAAAGUAGAGAAAAAAAAAAGAGCACUGGUGAGGACCAGGACAGAGAGAAUCCAACAUUUUGAUGAGUUUUUUGAUUAA